AUGAGCGCCGCCACGCUCUCCGCCUCGGUCCUCGGCUUCCGCCCCUUCACGCUCGCCUUCCCGACGGCCGACAUCGCCAGGACGUUCGACCCUCGCCCGACCCAGGCGCACCCGACGACGACGUUCCCGAACUCGACGACCAUCCCCACGCGCCCCAUUGUCAACCCGCACCUCGCUCCGACCGCCGACUCGCCGACGACCGGCGUCCUCACCAUCGUCCUCCCGACCCUCUUCUCGGCCCUCCUCGUCCUCGGCCUCGGCAUCGCCCUCAUGGCCUGCCUCAGCCGUCGCGCCAAGAGCAAGAAGGGCCCGUCGAGCGCCAAGCUGCGCAAGCGCGGCAGCGUCGGCAGCGAGGAGCAGGCGCACGACCCGGCGCAGUGGACCGCUUCGAGCCGUCGCGAGAUGAUCGAGCUCGAGCUCGACGACGUCGACCGCUGCACGUUCCGCUCCCUCAAGGCCGCCGACGAGGUCGCUCAAGUUCGCCGCGCCGCCUCGUUCAAGACGCACGACCUCCCUCGCAAGCCUCCUCCCGCCUACGAGCCUUGA